AUGGGCCAAUCCCAGUCACUCUCCACCCGUCGCGGGCGUCGACGCGAUCGCGGCGUCGACCGAGCGUUCGACGCGAGCGGCACCCCAGGGAUCGAUCCUCGAGCUGAUCUGCGCGCACACGCGCGCGCGACGACGGAUACGACCGGGGCGCCAUCGCGAUCGGCGCUCGCGUCUGCAUCGACCGCGACGGCGGGGGGCGGAACGAACGAACGCCCGGAAAGGGACGCGAAUGAGAAUCGAGGGACGACGCGAGAGACGACGACGAUUCGGAGUCACGUCAACGUGAACAAGGCGACGAUCACGUGCGUCACGGGUGAAGACGUGGAAAGCGAGCGACGUGGUGAUACGGCGGAGAAGUCGUCGACGCCACCGCCCGGGGUGGAUGCGAACAAGUUCGGGGUGCGUUUCAAGUUGGAUUGCGACGAGGCGUGUCGCGUCACGGUGGCGUACGUCGCGCGAGAGCUCCCGCGCGUCUCGGGUAAAGGCGCGUUCGAACCGGCGUCGACGAACCCGAUCGCGCGAACGAAUCCGAAGAGUUCUAUCGUUGCGUACGUUGAAGCCGGUCUCGGGGCGACUUUUACGCAGAGCGUCGAGGAUUUCAUCGACGCGCGCAGUUUCGGCGGUUUGAGCGAGCUCACGACGUCGAACGCGAACGAGUCAAAGAUCUAUCCGUGCGUGAUUCGCCUCGAGUGCGUGCAAGACGACGCCGGUGGAACACGAACGCUCGCCGAUCUUCCGGAGGUUCCGAACGGCGGAUUAGCCCCGCUUGAGCCGUGGGUCCAGGCGCAGACGACGUACGUGGAGUUUGAGCGCGCGGGCGACGCGAGCGCGCCAAAGUGGAGCGCCCGGUGCGUCAAGCAAAAAAUUUGGGUCAAAGGGGCAUCGUACGAGUUACAAGAAAUUUACGGCAUCGUCGAUGACGUGCAUAACGGCCUGAACGGAGCCGGCGGCGGUAACCCGGACGACGACUUGUGCGUCAUCUGUCUCACCGAGCCGCGCAAUACGACGGUGCUCCCGUGUCGCCAUCUGUGCAUGUGCGCCGAGUGCGCGCACCACUUGCGGUUACAGGGAAGCACCGGAAACGUCUGUCCGAUCUGUCGUAACCCGGUCGAGAGCUUAUUAGAGAUCAAGGUUUCCGAGGUCGACGCGUCCGACGCCUCCGUAGUGUAA